AUGUAUAGAGAGGAAUGGCGUGAUAUUAUUGAGGAUGGUGCGUCAGAAGCAGACCUCAGUAUUCUUCCAAAAUACAGAUUUCGAUUAUUAAACAAUGAGGAGAAGGCUAGCGGUGGAGCUAUAUUGAUGGUUCCCACAGAAACCCCUAGUGGAUACUUGGCUAGUGAACAAAUACCUGAGAAUGCAAUAUGGUUUCCUAAAACACAAUUUAUUUCAGUCUCAGAUAUUUAUAGUUUAUCACUUCUGAGAAAGUGUUUCCUUAGAACUGAAAACAGCGGUUCUGUUGCAACUGGCGACGACCAAACUGUCACUAAGAGGAGGAAAGUUGUUGAAGAUGAUGAUAAUGACAACGACAAAGAGACCAAUAGAAACAAAAUGAUUGAGGAAAAUAGCAUUUUGUUCAAAUUCCACUACACUACACUGUAA